CAAACAGCUAUUUCCAUGAAGUGCUUUCUGGCCGCGGCUCGCUACUGUCCGACAUCGCGAGUCUCUGAGGGCAAAGCGAGGGAAGAAAGGUUGAGACAGCAGACGAGGUGGAAGACCGCGAGGGGAUUUAUAAAAAAAAAAAAUAACGUGGAGGACGUGGAAAGAACGAAGUGGAAGAAAACAGGAGCAGCCGCACUUGCGUGUGAAAAUGGAGCUUCCCGCCGCGGGAGAGCACGUCUUUGCGGUGGAGAGCAUCGAGAAGAAGCGCAGCCGGAAGGGCAGGGUUGAGUAUUUGGUCAAGUGGCGAGGAUGGUCCCCAAAGUACAACACAUGGGAACCAGAGGAGAACAUUCUGGACCCCAGGCUGCUGGAUGCUUUUGAAGAGAGGGAACGCCAGGAGCAGCUGAUGGGAUAUCGCAAGAGAGGACCGAAGCCCAAGCACCUUCUGGUUCAGGUUCCUUCUUUUGCCCGGAGAUCUAGUGUCCUUGCUGACCUUAAUGAGUCAUCCCUGGAUGAAGACCGCUGUCCCAAGACUGGCUGUGUUCCAAUGUUGCGUCCGCAGAGUCAGAAGUACCAGCUGAACUGCAAUAAGCAUCAUCAGUACCAGCCUCUUAGCCAGGACGACCAGACGGAGCAGCACACCAACGGCAAGAACUUCUACUAUCAGCUCAACACUAAGAAGCUCCACCAUUUCCAGACAGGCCUGAAAUCACACGAGUCUGCAUUCGCAAAGCCCAGAGAGGUCAACACGCCACAGUUGUCCAGCAAAGGGUACAACCUCCCCCCUGGGCUAGAGCAAAAAUGGUUCCAGGACAAGACCUCAGGUGUCUUGACCAAAGUAAAGGACAUCACCAUGGAGCUGAAGAAGCUCCCAGCAGAUCUCAACGGUCACAAAGAGCCAGAAAAGGCAAAGCAGAAGGAUCAUAAUGUCAGUGGUCGGAAAUUAAAAAUUGUAAAAAACAAAAAUAAGAAUGGACGCAUCGUUAUCGUCAUGAGCAAAUACAUGGAAAGUGGAAUGCGAGCGGCAAAGGUUCAAAACUCUGAAUCCCAAUCUGCAGAGAAGCAGUCGCAAGGACCAGGCAGCACAGAAACCCACCUACAGAAGAUGAAGCUGGUCAAACAACUCGGCCUCAUUGAUGGAUUUGCAAAAAAACCCAAAGCCGUCUCUGAUUUGGGAUUUACGGGAGAGUGCUCCAAAAAAGAGGACCACUCCACCAAAACGGAGCUUUCUGUGACAGAAAAGGAUAACCAUGUUGAGAUCAGAGGUCCAGUGGAUCAGCCUUUACGAUUGACAACCAAGCCUGAUCCGCUGUCUUUGCCUCCGGACACUGGAGUUACCUCCUUCACGGACAGCAAAAGAACCCAGGAUGGAUUUCAAGGAUUAAAGCGACACUGUUCCGAUACUGACAGUGAGGGGCACGGAGGGAACAAAAGGUUUUUGGCCUUUUCCCACGCAGUACCCUCACACACCCAAAUGGGUAGCACCAACCAGAACAGCCACCCGGGUGCCCUGGCACUGCAGCGCUGUGAAUAUGCUGCUCAAGAACAGCCUAUUGACUUGAGCAUCGUCAAGUCCAAGCCUGCAGCUUUUGCGGCGAGCCGGCCGGAACGACACGCACAGGAUGCAACGCAGGCAGACACGCAACUGAAGGAACAAAGCGAAAGUGAAAACAUCACCAGUGCAGACACCGUUGAAUCGUCGGCUGUUGUAGACCAGGUAAUGAGAAAAGCGGACGCAUUUCCUGCUCUCCAGCCUUUCCGUGGGAAUAUAAUCAUCACAGACAUUACGACAAACUGCCUCACAGUUACCUUCAAGGAGUAUGUUACAGUGUAACUGUAUAAGGACAUGUCCACACCUCCACACGUUUUAAAAAGGCAUCUUUUUUGGCCUUAUGUCCAAACACAAACCACCGGCCAGGGUGAAGAUCUUCAAAAACUCCAGCGGGUCAAACGGCUUGUGUUAUAAGUAGGGGUGUCCCCAUACAACUCUUUAUCUUCCGAUCCGAACACAUACACAGCAACGGACAAGCAGCAACGUGCAGUGAUACCAAUGGGGAGAAAAUAACGCUGAGCGAUUGUGAGGUCUGACCUUUUUGCGGGCACCGGUUUUGUGGCGCAAAUGUAUUCCUCUUUUCUAAGCAUAUUGUUUUGUGAAGCAGAAGGCUUAACUUAAGAGACCCCAGCAACUAGCCGGAACUGCUUUCUUCCACAAUGAAAACUGAGCAGAACUUUGCUCACGGGACGAAGUGGGGUGGGGAGUCACUGUUGAUGCACUACACUGCUGAUGGGGAUGUCAUACAACGUCACGUCAAAAAAUCCGAACUAUACCUUUAAUUAUCUGCCUAUUUUUAACUGGUUUUAUAUCUUUUAGAAUGCACACGAAAGAGAAAGACGUGUUCCUCACGUAAGAAUUGGAGAUGACGGGCAAAAUUCCACAAAAAGUGCAGUUUUCCCGAUGAGGUCGGUCGUAUUAAACCAACCGCGGUUCUGUGCCACCACUUGGGCAUGACGAGUCUUUCGCUCAGCUGCAAUCUCUUUUUCGGACUUUUCACAAAAACACAUCACUCUUGCUCCUUGCUAAACACGCCAGCACACGCUGCUGUUGUGAUCACGUUGGUUCUGCAUGCUGAAUAGAAGGGCUGCCGCAGGGCCGAAGCGCUGGAAUCGACUGCUUGUAUCGGCAUGCCAGUGUAGGAGACUUUAGAUGCAGACCGAUAUAAUCGGAUAUGUUUUUUUUGGCUGAUAUUGGGCCGAUAUCUGAUAUCAAUAUUGAAUUGGGACACCCUUAGUAAGAAAAUGUAUGACAUCUCAUGUAUUUAAACCUUAUUUAACAACACAACACGAGCAAUUAAGUUAUUGACUAACGGGUGCGCUUCCUGCAGUAGUAGACGCACACGACUUACGAUGCACUACAGCGAUUUUUAAAGAAUGAACACCGAGCACUGGGGUGCUCCUGUGGACAUGGCAUGAAUGUUCAUAAAAUAUAUUUUAGAUUUUCAGAUGUGUGAAUGUACAAAGAGAACCUGUUUUAUAAGCUUGUGUAGCUUUUAAUAAUAAUUACUUGUUUGUUUGUUUUUUUGCUUAUUUCUUCUCAAAAGCUUGACGUGUCAUUUCUUGUUUUAUCACAUGCAGUAAU